AUGGCCGACACGGUGCAGUACCUGAUGGAGAAGAUGCUCCCCGAGCUGCAGGACUUCCGCAUGAGGGGCUACUUCAACGAGGAAGAGAUUGGGAAGAUUGUGGCCACACGGAGCGACUUUGAGUACAAGCUCAAGAGGAGGGCGCCGGAUCGGGUCACCUUUGUCCGCUACUUGGAGUAUGAGGCCAAUCUGGAGAAGCUGCGGAGGAGGAGGAGGAAGAAGGUCGGUCUGCCUUCUGGCUUCCGUUCAAAGGCAGACUCUGCUUAUCUGCGUCGCGUCCACUCCAUCUACACCCGCUUGCUCCGUCGCUACCCGGGCGAUGUCGACGACUGGGCCCGCUACUUUGCCUUUUGUGCCGACAAUGGCGCUCACAAGCAGCUGGCAAAGGCCCAUGCUAAGGCUCUCGAGGCCCACUCGCGCAAGGCCGACUUGUGGAUCCUUGCCGCACGCUUUGAGAUCGCCGUCCGUCACAACAUGGUCCUCGCCCGUGCCCUACUGCAGCGCGGCCUUCGCCUCAACGGCCACGACCUCAACCUGUGGAUCGAGUACUUUAAGGCCGAGCUCAUGUACCAGCAGAAGCUUAUCGACCGCCGCCGCCUCCUAGGCCUCCCGGUCCGCCCGGUCAAGGGCACAGCCGCCGAGCCGGCUCAGCUUCUCGGCGCUGUCGCGUCGGCGCUCCACGACCAGAUGGCCGAGUCGGACGGCGAUAGCGACGACACAGCCGUAGGCGCUGCCGCUUCGGGCUCGGACGUCGACGACGACGAUGGGUUCGACCUCACUGCGAGCGACGACGAGGACGAGGACGAGGACGAGGACGAGGACGACAAUGCCCAGCCUGCGGCGCCGGCCGCUGAUGACGACGACGGCGACGCCGAGGCCAUCAAUGUCAACGUCUCUCUCCUUGCUUCGGCCGUCCCGCGAACCAUCUUCCGCAUGGCGCGGAACAAGUUUCCGGCCUCGAUGGAGCUCCACCUCCGGUGCCUCGACCUCUAUCUGCGGUUCGACAACACUGAGCUCGGCAUCGACGAGGUCUACGAGUCGCUAGCGGAGCGGUUUGCAUCGGCGCCCGACAACGAGCACUUUGUGGCGGCACUCAACGAGCUCGCCCGCCGCCCAAUGCGGGCCUACCUUGCGGCCCGCGCCCGUCUCUCGACCGCGCCGUUUGAGCCGACGGCCUUCCAGGCCGCUUGGCUCUCUAUGAGCGCCCGCUACGAGGAGAUGCUCGAGGUCGCCGCCUCACCGGCCUUCCUUGAGGCGUACAUGGAGACGUUGCUCUCUCUCCUCGAAACCGUCGCCGGCCACGGCGCGCUCUCGGCCUACACCGUCGCUGCGCGUGCGCUCCGUCUCGGUGCCGAGGCCGCCGCCGCAGACAUGCUCACCGAGACGCUCGCCGCGCGCUGGGCCCAGCUCGCCGCUCGCCUCCCGGCCGACGUCCGCCCCGUCGGCGCGCCGUCCGCUGUUGACGCUGCUGCUGCCGGCACUGCCGCCUUUCCGUCCUCGCCGGUCCUCGCCGAGUUGCACCUGCAAGCACUCGCCGCCGCCGGCAUGAGCGCGUCCGAGCUUGUGACCGCAGGCCUCGCUGCGCUGCGGCCGAUCACCACCAGCCACGACACCAUCCUCUCGUCGAACGGUCCGUUUAAUGGCGAGCAAGCUGCGCUCCGCGCCUCGGUCCACCGGCUGUGGAGGACCGUUCUCCACGUCGCGCUGUGGAGCAAGGGCAAGGUGGCUGGCCGCGACGACGCAAUUGCUGCCUCGGCCGGCGCGCUGCCGGACGGCGGCGCCGAGUGCAUCGUCUUUGAGUGGGCGGUGGCCACGGGCUCGUCGACCAAGUCGAUCCGCAAGGUCUACGCCGGUCUCCUUGCGCGGUCGGUCAUGCAAUCGCGCGCGCUCCUCGGUGCCAUCAUCCGCUUCGAGGCUUCGCUGCAGCGGCCGUCGAUGGAGACGCUCGACCCGCUGCACGCGGCCAUCACGACCUCGUUUGGAAGCCCCAAGGCGUCGCCUGACUCGGCCCACUUGCUCUGGAUCGACUGGCUCCGCUCGCUGCUGCGGACCAAGGCCACACCGGCCCGCGUCACCGCCGUCUACAACAAGGCCACCCAGGCGCUCAAGAGCUCCGAAACCGAGAUGGAGGCCUUCCUCGCCGCCUACCACGCCCUCAACGUCUAGUGUACGGCGGGUGAUAGUCGGCCGUCGCGAGCUCGGCCCGCUCCAACGCGUCGGCGACCUGCCACGACGCCAGCUCGGCCGCCACGUCGAUGCCGUUGGCGGCAAAGAACUCGUGCUCGAGCACCUUGUCCAGCGUGAUUCGCGUCACCGGGUCUGGAUCGAGCAUAGCCCGCAAGAGCGCGUACUGCGGCGCCGACGCCUCGUCAGCCGGCAGGGCGUCCAUCCACGAGUAGAACUCGGACCACGGUACCUCGCCCUUGUCCUCGAGAUGGAAGAGGAGCUCGCCAAAGACCACGCCGGCGGCCCAGACGUCAACUGGCCAAGAGUAGCCGACAAUACCAUAGUUUUUGGCAAGGCCGUGGCGUGGCGGGUCGCCAGCGUCGCCUCCGGCGGCAUCGGCCGCCUCCUCGGCCACCUUCUUGGCCGCCUUGUACGCCGCGUUGAUGCCCUCCAUCUCGGGCGCGAGGUGGCCCUCGGUUCCGGUCAUCGACGUGUGCCCGAUCGCCGGAUCGUGGAACGUGGAGCAGUCAAAGUCCAUGAGCGUUACACGGCCAGUCAACGGCUCGUAGAACAGGUUGUCGCGCUUAAAGUCACGGUAGAUGA